CUCUCGCGCGCUAUCUAUGCGCGCGUGCACGUGUGUCACCACCACCACCACCGGCCUCUCCUCCCGGUCUCGAGGUGUCGCGGUUGGAGGUCUGUCGGAGCAGCAUGUAGCAACCUGGAGCCACCGCGCACAUCGCCGCCUCCUCCUCCUCUUCCUCCCUCCUCCUCCUCCUCUUCCUCCUCCCUCCUCCUCCUCCCCCUCCCCUCUUCCUGGAGCGCGGUCGUUUCUCCUCUCGGGAAAGGAGCCUCGAGGAUUAGUUUUUAUUCUAAGGGCCGGCGGCGGGGAGACACUCCUCUAGAUGGUCCUUUAGAGGAGUGCUCGUGCGUGUGCGUGUGCGUGCGCGUGCCCGCCGCUCUGCACCUCCCGGUCGAUGGUCGUUGAGGAAGCUUCCAUCUUGAGUCCCGCUUCCACCGACAGAGCCAUGGCGAGCGACUCCCCGGCGCGCAGCCUGGACGAGAUCGACCUGUCUGCACUCCGGGACCCAGCUGGUAUCUUUGAGCUGGUGGAACUGGUUGGAAAUGGCACCUAUGGGCAGGUCUUCAAGGGUCGCCAUGUCAAAACAGGACAGCUCGCUGCCAUCAAGGUCAUGGACGUCACAGGAGAUGAGGAGGAGGAGAUUAAAGCAGAGAUCAACAUGUUAAAGAAGUACAGCCACCACAGGAACAUCGCGACCUACUAUGGAGCCUUCGUCAAGAAGAACCCUCCGGGGAUGGACGACCAGCUGUGGCUGGUGAUGGAGUUCUGUGGAGCCGGCUCCAUCACCGAUCUGGUCAAAAACACCAAAGGAAACACUCUGAAGGAGGAGUGGAUCGCCUACGUCUGCAGAGAGAUCCUCAGGGGUCUGACCCACCUUCACCAGCACAAGGUCAUCCACAGAGAUAUCAAGGGCCAGAACGUGUUGCUGACGGAGAACGCAGAGGUCAAACUAGUGGACUUUGGUGUGAGCGCUCAGCUGGACCGCACGGUGGGACGGAGGAACACGUUCAUCGGGACGCCGUACUGGAUGGCGCCCGAGGUCAUCGCCUGCGACGAAAACCCUGACGCCACGUACGACUUCAAGAGUGAUCUGUGGUCGCUCGGCAUCACGGCCAUCGAGAUGGCAGAGGGAGCGCCGCCUCUGUGCGACAUGCAUCCAAUGAGAGCGCUCUUCCUCAUCCCCAGAAAUCCCGCCCCCAGACUCAAGUCUAAGAAGUGGUCGAAGAAGUUCCAGUCCUUCAUCGACGGCUGCCUGGUGAAGAGCCACAGCCAGCGGCCGAGCACCGAGCAGCUGCUGAAGCAUCCGUUCAUCAGGGAGCUGCCCAACGAGCGGCAGGUCCGCAUCCAGCUGAAGGACCACAUCGACCGCACCAAGAAGAGGAGGGGCGAGAGGGAUGAGACAGAAUACGAGUACAGCGGGAGUGAAGAGGAGGAUGAAGAGAGGGAAGUCGGGGAGCCCAGCUCCAUCAUCAACACCCCCGGGGAGUCGACCCUGAGGAGGGACUUCCUGCGCCUCCAGCUGGCCAACAAGGAGCGCUCGGAGCUGAUCCGGCGGCAGCAGCUGGAGCAGCAGCAGAACGAGGAGCACAAGCGCCAACUGCUGGCGGAGAGGCAGAAACGCAUCGAGGAGCAGAAGGAGCAGAGGAGGCGGCUGGAGGAGCAACAGCGUCGGGAGCGAGAUAUGAGGAAGCAGCAGGAGCGAGAGCAGAGGAGGCGCUACGAGGAGAUGGAGCAGCUCCGCCGGGAGGAGGAGAGGAGGCACGCCGAGAGAGAGCAGGAGUAUAUCCGUAGGCAGCUGGAGGAGGAGCAGAGGCAGCUGGAGAUCCUGCAGCAGCAGCUCCUGCAGGAGCAGGCCUUACUGCUGAGGCAGAACAUCGCCACGAGCUCCGGGUCGGUUCAUCUAAAUUCUAAAAUAGAGUACAAGAGGAAGCAGAUCGAGGAGCAGCGGCAGGCCGAGCGGCUGCAGAGGCAGCUGCAGCAGGAGCGUGCGUACCUGGUGUCGCUGCAGCAGCAGCAGCAGCAGGACCCUCAGCGGCCGCCGCAGGACAAGAAGCAGCUGUACCACUACAAGGACCAGGCGCCCAGCAGCGACAAGCCGGCCUGGGCCAAGGAGGUGAUGCGCCGCGCUCAGAGCAACUCGCCCCGCAUUCCCCCCAAGAAGUACCACUCCUUCCGGGAGCCGCGUGAGGUCAACAUGGGCAACCUGCUCCUGCUCCCCGGCUACAAGCCACACCCCCACCGGCGCCGCCGCCGCCCCCCCUCCUACCCGGCACACGUCAGUCCCGCUAGGAGUCACCUGCGCGUGCCGCAGAUCCUCGUCACCUGCGUGCCGCCACCGGGGAUGCAGCAGCAGCUGCUGGGGAGGAGGAGCGCCCACGGCAGCCCCGACUCCAGGGGGCGGAGCCCUGACUCCAGGGGGCGGAGCCCCGACUCCAGGGGGCGGAGCCCCGGCCGCCGGGUGGAUGAGCAUUACAAGAUGAACCGACAGACUUCUCCAGUGUUGCAGCACAAAGUCUCAAACCGGAUCUCGGACCCGGCGCUGCCGCCGCGCUCCGAGUCCUUCAGCAGCGGCGGAAUCCAGCAGGCGAGGACCCCCCCCAUGCACCGCUCAGUGGAGCCGCAGAUGGCCCACCUGGUGCAGGUGAAGAGUCACGGCCUGUCGGGCUCCCAGUCCCUGUACGACCCCCACGGCGUGUCCUCCUCGGCGUCCCCCUCCCCCUCCCGGCCCCCCAUGCCCCGGCAGAACUCCGACCCCACCUCCGACACCCCCCCGCCCCCCUCCCUCUCCCGCCUGGCGCCCCCCCCCGACAAGCUGGACCGCAGCUCCUGGCUGCGGCAGGACGACGACAUGCCGCCGAAGGUUCCUCAGAGGACGACCUCCAUCUCUCCGGCUCUGGUCAGGAAACACUCUCCUGGGAACGGACCGGGCCUCGGACCUCGACCCGGAGCUCACCUCAUACGGGCCAGCAACCCCGACCUGAGGAGGACCGACACGUCCGUGGAGACGCCGAUGAAGAGGUCGAUGAAGAGGACGAGCAGCGGCACCUCAUCCAGCUCCAGUUCACAGGGAGGCUCCAACGAACGAGGUCAUUCAGACGCUCAGACUGAAGGCUCAACACUUUCCCAAGACACCCAAGACGAGAGAGAGACACGACCCAGCAGGCCUGCAAGCUAUAGGAAAGCUGUAGACGAGGACCUGACGGCUUUGGCCAAGGAGCUGCGGGAGCUGCGGCAGGGCGAGGAGGCCAGCCGGCUGCCUGUCAAGGUCACGGACUACUCGUCCUCCAGCGAGGACUCGCACAGCAGCGAGGACGAGGAGGGAGAGGGCGGGGCCAACGACGGCAGCGUGGCCGUCAGCGACAUACCGCGCAUCAUGCCGGCAGCGAGUCACGGCGCCGAAUCCUUCGGCGUGUUGGGAGGUCACGGCGACGGCCACGACGACUCGUACGGGAACAGCUCCCAGGACGGCACCUUGAGGAUGCGUGAGAAGCACGGCAGACGGAGGCGGAGCUCCGCCGCCAGCAACGGCUUCCCCGGCAACCACGCCAAUCUCUUCCCCGCCGACGGCAAUCUCCCCGAUCUGCUGCAGCAAAGCCCCUCCCCCCUGGUCUCCCCGGGCGACGCCCAAUACGCGAUGGGAGGCAGCGGAGGCUCCAAGUCUUCCUUCACUCCCUUCGUGGAUCCCAGGGUGUACGGGACGUCCUCGACGGACGACGACCACGACGACAACAUCUCGGCCUCAGCGCUGUUGACCGACGAGCUGCUGAAGCACGAGCACGACCAGGAGCAGGCGGGGCUCAACGAGGCGAGGAAGAUCUCCGUGGUCAACGUGAACCCGACCAACAUCCGGCCGCACAGCGACACGCCCGAGAUACGCAAAUACAAGAAGCGCUUCAACUCUGAGAUCCUGUGUGCGGCUCUGUGGGGAGUGAACCUGCUGGUGGGGACGGAGAACGGCCUGAUGCUGCUGGACCGAAGCGGUCAGGGAAAAGUUUACAACCUCAUCAACCGGCGGCGCUUCCAGCAGAUGGACGUCCUGGAGGGGCUCAACGUGCUGGUCACCAUCUCAGGGAAGAAGAACAAGCUGCGUGUUUACUACCUGUCCUGGCUGAGGAACCGGAUAUUACACAACGACCCCGAGGUGGAGAAGAAACAAGGCUGGAUCACCGUGGGGGAGCUGGAGGGCUGCGUGCACUACAAAGUCGUGAAGUACGAGAGGAUCAAAUUUUUGGUGAUCGCUCUGAAGAACGCCGUGGAGAUCUACGCCUGGGCGCCGAAACCCUACCACAAGUUCAUGGCCUUCAAGUCGUUCACGGAGCUGCAGCACCGCCCCCAUCUGGUGGACCUCACCGUGGAGGAGGGCCAGAGGUUAAAGGUCAUCUACGGCUCCAGCGUCGGCUUCCACGUCAUCGACGUGGACUCUGGGAACCCCUACGACAUCUACAUCCCCUCACAUAUUCAGGGUCAGGUGACCCCGCACGCCAUCGUGGUUCUGCCCAAGACGGACGGCAUGGAGAUGCUGCUGUGCUACGAGGACGAGGGCGUCUACGUCAACACCUACGGACGCAUCACCAAAGAUGUGGUGCUGCAGUGGGGCGAGAUGCCCACCUCCGUCGCCUACAUCCACUCCAACCAGAUCAUGGGCUGGGGAGAGAAGGCCAUUGAGAUCCGCUCCGUGGAGACGGGACACCUCGACGGAGUUUUCAUGCACAAGCGAGCUCAGCGACUGAAGUUCCUGUCGGAGAGGAACGACAAGGUCUUCUUCGCCUCGGUGCGUUCCGGAGGCAGCAGCCAAGUCUUCUUCAUGACCCUCAACAGAAGCUCCAUGAUGAACUGGUAACCUUCCUCCUCCGACCCACGACAACUUCAUCUUCUUCUUCUUCAGUCUGAACAUCACCCCGACGUCAGGAGAGACGGAGGACAAUCUGUGUGUGUGUUGUGUGUUUGUGGAGGAAAUCAACGAGCUGCUGAACGGGCGAUUGAGCCCCCCCCCCCCUCCCUGUAAAGAUACCCUCCGCCUGUAGGUGGUGCUGCAGGCCUCAUGGAUGGUUUCACUUCCUCCACCUUCCCUGGCCAGAUGGUUGAUCUCCAGGAUCUCGAUCCAGGCUUUGAAAGGAGCUUUUCUGACCUCCCCAUUGGACCUGGACGGGUCGCCGUGGAGACGUUCUCUGUAGCACAUUAGUGAGUCCUCACCGGGUGUUCACACUGCGAGCGCCACCCGAAAUCCUCUUCUACCGCUCUCGUGUUGUAGUGGUUGUUGACGUAGCAUCGACGAAUGGAGGACUUUGGAUCGUGCUCACCUGAAGUCAGUUUCAAAAGGUUCCUAAAGGAACCAGUGGACUUUUAAAGAACCGGUGAAAAGCCCUUUCGGAACCCUUUUCGCUCACACGAGGCCACGGCCGAACACUUUGACCUCAAGGUCACUUUGUCGUGCAGUUGAAGAGCGACCGACGGGGCCGCGGAUGACGAGCUUCACCCAUCGGACCGUCUGGCGAGCCUCAAACAUGGAUGUGUACAGUCGUCACGCAGAAUUUAGACUUUCUUAGACCUUCAAAAAAAAUAGAUUUUUGUUUAUUUCAUAUUCAUGAGUUUUACAGAAAGAAAAAAAGAAAAAGAAAAAAAAGAAGAAGAAGUGGACACACGUCGUCUUGAAGCUUUUUGAGAUGUUGAAAUCGGCUUCUAAACAUCUCGUAGAGCACCUGAAUCGAAACCGACGUUCUCCAGACUAACAUCUCGUAGGAAAACCUUUCAGGCUCGUCGGAUGUUUUUCUUCGAGAAGUCUAGAAACCACCAGGAGUAGUGGCGCGUCGUCGCCCCCUACAGUCCGGGAGGACUCCAUGACGCCAUCGCUCACAGUGGGAACACUCCUUUUCCAAAGAAAAGAAAAGAAAAACCACAUCAAAGCAGCGAGAGAAACCAGACAUGUCGUAUCAUCCCGGCUCUGAAAGAGGGUUGUAGAUGUCGCAUCGUCAUAGCAACGCGACGACAGAAGAUCUUCGCGCAGUUCUGUCGUUGCCAACCUUCUGGAGUUUUUUUUCUUCCCGCGCUUCGUUUGGUUUCUCUAAGCUUCUUCCCCCCCCCCCCCCCCCCCCCGCUGUGCGUACGCUGUAAAUAUCUCAGCCGAGGACGCUGAAAAGAAGAAAAUAAUAAUGAUAACAGGUUUUUUGGGGAGUCACGCUGAUGGGAAGGCACUUUUUUUUGUGACGAGCGAAGACUUUCACUCUUUCUCUCCGUAGUUCAUCGCUGUUUAUUGAGUUGUGCAUUUUUUUGUUGUUGCAUUCUUUGCAUGGUGACACACGUUGUUCCUGUCGUCACUCGUUAUGAAUCGUACUUUUUUACGGCAAUACGCGGACGGGUCCGGACGAGGCCCCAGGAGGUUUUCUUUAGUUUUGAGGUUGUUUUAUUUCAUCCUCUCACAACACUGAGCUGUAAAGUGAAUGUUUUUAGAAAAGCAUUUAUCUCACGAUUAAGUCAAGAUCGUACACUGGAUGAUUUACAAGUUUACCAUUCGAUUUAUAUUUGAGUUUGUUUUGUUGUUGUUGUUGUUGACGUUGAUGCUCACACUCCAGACGGAGCUCGGCAUCACUUUCGAAAUGGCGUUCUUCUAUUUUUAUUGAUUAUUUUUCGCCGGGUUGGCGACGGUCUCCGUAAACACUGACGAUGUGGGACGGUGAUGGAGAGAAGGAAGAAGUUCACUUCUUACCGGAAGUUUCUUUUCUUCAUUGAUCCUCCGUUGAAGGUGGGAUCUGAAGCCUUUAAUCAGCACCCCGGGGAUAAAGGUCAGGAGGGUCAGUGUGAGAGACUGUAGAUUAAAAAAGAAUAAAAAAAGAAUAUAUAUAUAUAUAUAUACUGUAAGAAUUUUCGUUAUAUCUUACUGAUUAUUUUAGAGAAAGACAAACAAAAAAACUUAUUAAAGCUUAGUUGUCUUUCUACACAAUAGAGAACAAUAGCUAUCAGAAUUUCUAAAAACAAAACAAAAAAACAAUGUUUUUAUCGUGGUAUUAUUUGUAAUUUGUAUUUCAAAUUUUUGUACGUAUCGAGACUGUGAACGUAUGUACGGCUGCGGCCUCCGAGCGUGUGUGUGUGUGUGUGUGUGUGUGUGUGAGCGCGCGCGCAGGUGUGUGACGUGCAUGUGAGCGUAUGUUUUCACCGUGUCUGAAUCCUUGGAAUCAGUCAGACGACCUCAAUCUGGUGACGCACAUCUGUGAUGUUGGAAACUCUUCAAAAUAAAUGUCCUCUCCUUGUACAGCAUCA